AUGCGAUACCAACCUCAAUACCGCAUGGCGCCGCGCUCCUCGACCGAGCUGCAUCGCACGCAAAGUACAGGUGAAAAUGCAAUGGAUAUGUCUGCGCGCUCGGCACCACCGUGGCUCUACACUGCAUACAACCCGCGACUCCACGGUUCCCGAACAACCCCAGAAACAGCGAUAUCGCAUCCAGCACACAGGGACUCGCCGCUGGAAUCCGAAUCCACGCCGCCUCGUUUCCACGCCUGUCUGUUUGGAAGCCGGGAUGCUCGAGAUGCUUUUUACCAUGAGCCUGUUGCGUGGGCGAAUUCGACGCUGUUCCGUGGUGAUACUGGUACUGGUACUGGUACUACGACGAAGACGAUGACGACGAUGCAAGAUGUUGUACAGCUACAGCUACAGCCACAGCUACAGCCACAGCCGCUGUUAUUGUUGCCAUCGACGUGCGAGACUCGGAGUGCUGAGUCAGUAUUCCUACAACAAGAACAUGCACAACAAGGCAGUACAAAUCCACAACCACAACCACAACCACAACCACUUCCACAGUACAAAAAACAGUAUUUCCGCACCGCACGCCACAUCCGUUUACCGUGGAACCCCGGGUUCUGUCCCAAUUUCCCGGCAAAAGGCGUCGUGGCGCUGAUUGCAGUGUUCACGCUUACAGCGGCGUGUGCGGGGAUACUGGUUGCGGCGCAUGGGACGCGGGCGGAGGAGUGGAGGGUGGGCGGGGUGCAUGGAGAAGAAGUACAGCCCGCUGUUUAUCUCUCUGUGCUGGAAAUGUGUAUGGAUAUGCUUGUUUUUUGCGCGCUGGGACAAGGGGUUGUGGUGAGGUUUUGGAGGGGGGUGUUGAGGGGGUGUACGGAGGAGGAGAAGGAGGAGGAGAAGGAGAAGAAGAAGAAGAAGAAGAAGAAGAAGAAGAAGAAGAAGAAGAAGAAGAAGAAGAAGAAGAAACAAAUUGCGGAUAUACACGAUGUGUACGAGUCGGCUUUUGUCGGGGCUGCGCUGCGGGCGAUGCUGAGGUUUCGUGGGAACGGGGUUACUACAGCCGUCCUCUCCACAAUCCGAGGCCCACUCUUCCAGCGCUCACUCACGCUUCGCCACGGAAUCUACCACACCAACGCCAUCUUCGCUGCUCUCGGCGCCACGCUUUCCCUCGUGAGUAUCAUCGCGAUACUACCGCUCUACCACGGCUACUGGGACCUCGGGCGGCGGGCCAGCUUGAAUCCGCUAGAGACGGCCCGCGCGUUUGGCGCCCCGCUUCUCGAUGGCGUCGAGGGCAAUGCCGGCGCCAACGACGUGCAGAUGGAACGCGGGCAUGUGGCAGUCAAGUAUGGGGCUGUGGAGAGGCUGGGUCGCGAAAAGGUGCUGAGGAUUGAGAAUGCGAAAGCGUCUAGUGUGCGGAUGCCCAGUAACUACAGUAAAAAGCGUGUAAGUACGGGCAUGCAAGAAAUCCAGCACGCGGCAAGGAAACACCUACCUACUAGAGACCCGGAUGCUACGUUACUUACUUGGCCCUCACUCACCAUACCUACCUACUUCCCACCUCCAAAUCCACGUGAUGGCCCCCCAACUAACUACUUAGUUACCUCGCUAGUCUAA